CUGCAGUGUGGUCGAGGAAGAAGAGCACGCAGGUGAACAUCGCUGGCGCUCACUUCAGCCACGAAGCAGCAUUGCAGGCAAUGGCUUCUGGGUGGAGCAGGGAUCCAACUGAAGAUCAGCAGCGAUAUUACGAACUGUUGGAGGACGUCUAUGCAUAUGAACCAAACACCAGCAGGGGACUACUGAUACUGCGCAGAAAAGUGGGUUACGCCAUGUAUGGCGCACCAGACGAAGAGUCGAACUGUGAUAACGCCCACACGGGAUAUAGUGAGAGGAAGUACAAAAACAUAAAGGCUGUUGUCGACUUAAUAAUGAAGGUAAACAAGGACAAGACGAAAGAGAGAGAUCAGCUUGAUAUGGCCAUUAUAUUUGUUUUCGUAGAACACGAGAAGCAGGUGCUGCAGUUUCCUGUAUUUAGAAUACUGCUCACGGACAUCAAGUGGAAAUUCGUAGAUACGAACUGCCGCGUUUAUUGCAUGUGGAAGGCGUUCUUGAAUUGUAAUGAACUACCGGAAGGAAAAUUUUGCUGGCCUCUCAACGGCAUCUACAGUGGUGACUCCGAAGACAAAGUGGAGCUUGGAUGGGGCAUAACACCUGCAGCACAACCCGGCAAGAAGGAGACCAUAAAAAAUCAAAUCAGGCCACGCCGCGCUCACAUGCACGUAGGAGAAACUGCUGGGCUAUUUGUUUUUGAGAUUCUGAAGCUCUGCCCAUAUGGGGCAGGGGAAUGA